AUGGCGGCUACCGAGGGGGUCGGGGAGGCUACGCAGGGCAGCGAGCCGGGUCAGCCCGAGCCGCCGCCGCCGCCGCCGCAGCAGCAGCAGCAAGAAGAAGCGAUGGCGGCUGAGGCCGGAGAAGCGGCGCCGUCCCCUAUGGACGACGGGUUCCUGAGCCUGGACUCACCCACCUAUGUUCUGUACAGAGACAGAGCAGAAUGGGCUGAUAUAGAGCCAGUGCCACAGAACGAUGGCCCCAAUCCAGUGGUCCAGAUCAUUUAUAGUGAAAAAUUUAGAGAUGUUUAUGAUUAUUUCCGGGCUGUUCUGCAGCGUGAUGAAAGAAGUGAGCGAGCUUUUAAAUUAACCAGAGAUGCUAUAGAGUUAAAUGCAGCCAAUUAUACAGUGUGGCAUUUCCGGAGAGUUCUUUUAAAGUCACUACAAAAAGACCUACAUGAGGAAAUGAACUACAUCACUGCAAUAAUUGAAGAACAGCCCAAAAACUACCAAGUUUGGCAUCAUAGGCGAGUCUUAGUGGAGUGGCUAAAAGAUCCAUCUCAGGAGCUUGAGUUUAUUGCUGAUAUUCUUAAUCAGGAUGCAAAGAAUUAUCAUGCCUGGCAACAUCGACAGUGGGUUAUUCAGGAAUUUAAACUUUGGGAUAAUGAGCUGCAGUAUGUAGACCAACUUCUUAAAGAGGAUGUGAGAAAUAAUUCUGUCUGGAACCAAAGAUACUUCGUAAUUUCUAACACCACUGGCUACAAUGAUCGGACUAUCCUGGAAAGAGAAGUCCAGUACACUCUGGAAAUGAUCAAGCUAGUACCACACAAUGAAAGUGCGUGGAACUAUUUGAAAGGGAUUUUGCAGGAUCAUGGUCUUUCCAAAUAUCCCAAUCUGUUAAAUCAAUUGCUUGAUUUGCAACCAAGUCAUAGUUCCCCCUACCUAAUUGCCUUUCUUGUGGAUAUCUAUGAAGAUAUGCUAGAAAACCAAUGUGACAACAAGGAGGACAUUCUUAAUAAAGCAUUAGAGUUAUGUGAAAUCCUAGCUAAAGAAAAGGACACCAUAAGAAAGGAGUAUUGGAGAUAUAUUGGAAGAUCUCUUCAAAGCAAACACAGCACAGAAAGUGACCCACCAACAAAUGUACAGCAAUAA